UAAAGAGCAGCCACUUUUCUUCUCUUCUCAUCUCUUUGUCUUCUAUUCAUCUCUUUGUCUUCUCUCUUUUUGUUGAAUAUUUCACAUGAUAUCAAGAGCUUGGUUUCAUCUAUUGCAUCAAAUUGGUACCCAAUUAGCCAAGUAUGAAACAACGAAGGAAGUUUGGGACCAUCUUGCAAGAUUGUAUACUCAGUCUAAUUUUGUAAAGCAAUAUCAAUCAUAUAUUAGAGCUCUUGAACAGAAAGAUAUAAGUAUUCAAGAGUUCUAUUCAGUUAUGACAAAUCUUUGGGAUCAGUUGGCACUUACCGAAUCUGCAGAGCUACGAGCUUUUGCACCUUAUAUUGCUCGUAGGGAGGAACAACGAUUGGUUCAAUUUUUAAUGGCACUUCGUGGUGACAUUGAGGGACUUCGUGGCUCUAUUUUUCAUCAUACUUCACUUCCUUCAGUUGAUUCAGUAGUCAGUGAGUUGUUGGCAUAUGAAAUUCUUCUUAAGUCUCAACUAGGAAAAGGUAUCCUCACAGCACCCAGUCCUUCUGUUUUGGUAGUUCCUCCUAGAUCUUUUACUCACAAUGAGAAUAAACCUCACAGAAAAGUUGGGGUUGAUGAAUGCAAUUUUUUCAAACAAAAGGGUCACUGGAAAAAUCAGUGUCCUAAGCUAGUAAACCGUGCACCUCAGCAACAAAGACAUCAUUUCAGACCUCCUCAUCAUGGUAACCAACAUCAAUUGAGUAAUCAGCUGCCUCAUUAUGGUAAUCAACCACAUUUUGGCAACCAAUCACAAUCUAGACCAUACCAUCCACCACAAUUUAAUGUUGCUGCUACUUUACCUCCAUCUGACUCGUAUGAUUUUGGAUCCUCAUCCUCCAACUCUGCACUUGCUGCCCUCUCAGAACAGUUUCAGAAGUUUCUUACCAUGCAGUCGCAUGCCAUGUCUGUCUAUUCUUCGAUAGGUCAGCCCCCUACUAGCACUUGAGGUAUGACCUCCUCUACAUGGAUUUUAGAUUCUGGAGCUUCGCACCAUAUCUCUUUGCAUUCGAAAUCUUUUGUUUCUUUGUGUCCUACAUCAUCUAUUCCUGUCAUGACUG